AUGUGCAAGCUACAAUUGUUGCUACUGAUGCGGCUGGUGCUGGCAAUCCUCGCCAGCGAUGGAUGGCCCGGUUACUUGCAGCUGCAUAUGAAUGCCAGUGCUGAUCCCUGUUUGGAUUUCUAUGAGCACGCCUGUGGUGGAUGGGAGGAGGCGCAUGUUACUGACGCUUACAGCAGCCAGUUGGAGCAACUGGAUCACGUCUAUCACGAACAAUUAGCGUCGCUGCUGGAGCAAAUAACCGGAGCCCCAAGCGAUGGCCAGCCGCGCUUUGUGGAGCUGCUGCGGAGCAGCUAUGCCGCCUGUCGCGACCAGCAGGCUGGCUACGAUGCGGCACAGUUUGUGCGCUGGCUGCGCGACUUGAGUGGCAUAAGCAUGACAAGCGAGGACAACGACAACUGGAGUCAAGUAGUCAGUCUGCUGAAAGGCUACGGAGUCGCUGCACUGCAGCAAUUUGAAAUGGAAAUGCAACCGGAAUCGAGAAGCGAUGCGGAACUGUGGCUGCUCCAGCUGCAACUACCUUGGCCCCACAGUCAGGCAGCGGCAACCAGGAACAACUGUUCGCUAUCUCUGCUGACGCGCUCGCGUUUCAGGCAACUCUAUCGCGAGCUGCAACCGCUGGGCGUGCCAGAGGGCAAGCUUUGGCAGCAAAUCAAACAGCUGGAGAAGCAACUGAGGCUGCUCUGGCUGCUGCUGCAUCCCAGUGUUGUGUUGGAUGAUGCGAGUGGCGUGGAGGUGGAUCUAACGCGUUGGCUGUUGCCGCUGCCGGCAACCACCGAAUCAGUGGAGUAUUUGGGGGAAACAUAUUUACGUGGCGUCUCCCUGUUGCUAGCCGCACAGCCGCCGUCGCUGGUGGCUCGCUAUUUGCAGCUACGUUUGCUGCACCAAUUGGAGUUGCAGCCAGUGCCGCCAUUGGCAUUUGGGCGGCAACAGUGUGCGGCACAAUCGCGUCAACUGUUGACGCAUGCCGUCGUCUGGCUGAUGCAAGAGGCUCAGUUGCCGCAGCUGCAGCGACAGCAAAUGCGCCACUCCGUGCAACAGCUUUUCGCCAAACUGCGUCGGCAAUUUGAGCUCAAGUUGCUGGCGAAUCGCAAUCAGUUUGAUGCAGCCACGCAGCGCUUUCUGCUUGACAAGCUGCGACGCAUGCAGCUGCGUGUGGGCGUGCUGCCGCCCACUGGCACCGCAAAUGAGCACCGUUUGCAGCUGGAGACCCACUACGCGGCACUGCAGCUCAACGCCAGCGAUUACUAUGGCAACUUACGAGCUCUGCUGCAACUAAUUGAUAAUGAUAGACAAAAAGUUGCAACUGCUGAUUUGUAUUUUCUGCAGCCGGAUGGCUUUGGCAGCUAUGCGUCACCCUUUUUUUUGCCCGGACGCAAUGUGGUGUUGUUGCCGCAUUCGCUGUUUGGUGGCCACCUGUAUUGGCCAGAUCAGGCGGCAAUUUACAGAUAUAGCGGCUUGGGUUUCCUGAUCGCACACGAGCUGUCGCACGGCUUUGCGCCCAGCGAUGUGCACUACGAUGGCUGUGGCAAUGAGGCGAAUGCGCAGCAACAGCAACGCCUGCUGACCAAUCGUCAUUUUGGCAAAGAGAUGCGCUGCCUGCGACGCCGUCAUGGCCAAAUGGCCGACGAGAAGUUUGCCGACAUCAAUGGAAUCGCGUUGGCCUACGACAGCUAUUUUGCUGGACACCCAGCAAGCACAGCCGCCAAGCAACAGCAGCUCUUCUUUCUCAAUUUUGCACAGUUCUUUUGCCAGGACGAGCAGCAGCUGGAGGAGGAUGUGGAGGAUAGCAAUCAGCACGGUGACAGUCGGCAGCGCGUCAACGAUGCCGUCGCCAGUUCUGAAUCCUUUGCACUGGCCUUCAGCUGUGAUCGACAGAAGGAAAUGAAAAGAAGACGCAUCUGUCAGUUGUACUAA